UUGUUCAGGUUAGUGAUAUUUUUAUCUCUGAUAGUAGAGAAGCCUCUUCAUAUUGGCAUAUUGUUCGAAAUCGAAGGUUGGAUUCGGAUAUUAAACACGGAAGAUCAAUGGAGAUGCUUGAGGUGUACAGGGGAAGCUCUGUCGGGUGGAAGCCGUCACCCGUUGUCGCGUUAGCCACCAGUGCCGACGACUGUCAAGUAGCCGCCGCCCGCGAAGAUGGAUCUCUGGAGGUUUGGUUGGUCUCCCCGGGCUCCGUUGGUUGGCACUGCCAAUUGACUAUACAUGGAAACACCAAUUCCAGAGUUUCAUCCCUCGUUUGGUGCCCGUCCAGCUCAAAAGGAUUGCCGUGUGGUCGCUUGUUUUCUUCCAGCAUAGAUGGUUCAGUGUCGGAGUGGGACUUUUUUGAUUUGAAACAGAAGAUUGUGCUAGAUUCCAUUGGGUUCUCGAUUUGGCAGAUGGCUGUGGCACCCCACAAUAGUUUGCUGCUUCAUACAAAGCAAGGCAGCAAGCUUAUGCAAAAUGGGCAUGCUAAUUAUAUGCUUAAUGAUCUCAAUGAUCAUGAGACUAGUGAAAGUGAAAGUGAAAGUGAAGACGAUGCUGACUCAGUUGAUCUUCAUGAACAACCGAGUACUAGUGAUGGUAUGCGUGUAGCACUUGCUUGCGAUGAUGGUUGUGUGCGAAUAUACAUUAUUUCUGACUCAGACAAGUUAAUUUAUCAUAAAUCGAUGACAAGAGUCAGUGGGCGCGUCUUAUGCGUGGCCUGGAGUCCUGAUGCAAAAUUCAUAUAUUCAGGGAGUAGUGAUGGGUUCAUCAGAUGUUGGGAUGCUAAAUUGUCUCAUGAGGUCUAUAGAAUAACAGUUGGGCUUGGAGGUUUAGGCAGUGGACCUGAACUGUGCAUAUGGUCACUACUUGCACUGAGGUGUGGGACCCUUGUCAGUGCAGAUAGUACUGGUAGUGUUCAGUUUUGGGACAGUCAGCAUGGAUCCCUUUUGCAGGCACAUUCUUGUCACAAGGGUGAUGUCAAUGCUCUUGCAGCAGUUCCUGGUCAUAACAGGGUGUUCUCUGCUGGUUCUGAUGGUCAGGUUAUACUCUAUAAGCUCUCUAGCGAAUCAGGCGAGGUUGGUGAUGACAGAUCAUCUGAAGUAAUGAAGAAAUGGGUCUAUGUUGGUUAUGUUAGAGCUCAUACUCAUGAUGUGAGGGCCUUGACAGUGGCAGUACCUAUCAGUAGAGAAGAUUUUGUGCCUGAUGAAAAGGUAAAAAGGGUUCGUGGUAGACAGAAGCCCAUUGAUUUUAGUUAUCAUAAAUGGGCCCACUUGGGAGUUCCCAUGCUUAUUUCGGCUGGUGAUGACACUAAGCUUUUUGCGUAUUCUGCCAAGGAGUUCACUAGCUUCUCUCCACAUGAUAUCUGCCCUGCACCACAGAGAGUACCCAUUCAACUGGUGGUCAAUACGGCUAUCAGUCAGACUCCUUUGCUUCUAGUCCAGGCUUCUCAUUGGUUAGAUAUUCUGUGUGUUCGUGUGAGAAGAGGUGGUGUUUCUGAUUUGGGUUCUGGUCCUUCUGGGGGGCUUGCGACCACAGAUUUGGUAGCCCGAGUUAAGAGUAAGGCAUCUCGAAAGAUCAUUUGCAGCACCAUUUCUACUUCAGGAUUUCUUUUUGCCUAUUCUGACCACGUGAAGCCCAGCUUGUUUGAAUUGAAGAGGUGUGAAGUUGGCAAAAGUGCAUGGACAGUUAAUAAAAGGCAACUUCCACCUAAACUGCCAUUUGUCCAUUCAAUGGUUUUCAGUUUUGAUUCUUCUCAUUUGAUGAUGGCAGGGCAUGAUCGAAAAAUAUAUGUUGUGGAUGUGGGAAGCUUAGUAGUGGUACGUGCCUUCACACCAUGCCGAAAGGAGCAAGAUGAGGAAUUGCCUCCUAGUGAGCCUCCCAUAACAAGGAUGUUUACUAGUUCUGAUGGGCAGUGGCUAGCUGCCAUCAACUGCUUUGGAGAUAUUUAUGUAUUUAAUCUUGAGACAUUAAGGCAACACUGGUUCAUAUCAAGAUUGGAUGGUGCAUCUGUGACUGCUGGUGGUUUCACUCCCCGGAACAGCAAUGUGCUUAUAAUCUCUACCUCUUCAAACCAGGUUUAUGCAUUUGACGUAGAAGCUAAACAGUUAGGAGAAUGGUCAAGGAAGCACACAUUUGUUCUGCCAAGAAGAUACCAAGAAUUUCCUGGAGAAGUAAUUGGGCUUUCAUUUCCUCCGUCCUCAAAUUCAUCAUCUGUUAUCAUCUAUAGUGCCAGGGCGAUGUGCUUGAUUGACUUUGGGAUGCCGGUUGAUCAAGAUGAGAACAAUGACUUGGUAAACGGUCAUGAUUCAACAUUGAAGAAGUGUCCAAAUUUUCCCAUUAAUGGGAUACUAAAACGUAAGUUGAGCGGCCAUGAAUUAGAUACUAAACACAAUGGUAGAAAGAAUUUUGAAUUUUGUGCUUUCCGGGAUCCUGUUUUAUUUGUUGGACAUCUUUCGAAAAAUUCUGUUUUGAUCAUAGACAAACCAUGGAUGCAAGUGGUUAAAACUUUCGAUGCUCCACCUGUUCACAGACAUAUUUAUGGGACAUAACUACUUGUCAAAGGUGGUUUGUAGUCUAGGUGGGAGAGUGCAAAAUGGGGCAGUUGAUCCCGUUCUUUUCAAUGUGUCAGUGGGGGGGUCUAAAGCAUGUUGUGUAAUGUAUUCCUUCAUAAGUUUUGCUAACAUGUUAAAGUAUUUUUUUUUCCCUUUUAUAUAUUCAUUUUAACCUGCAA